UAUAGCUCAGAAAGCUAGCCUGGAGUUCUUUGCAACAAAUUGUGAAAUAUUUUCGUAAUCAGAUUAAUCGAAGUUACAUACACGGGAGAAAAAGAAAAAAAAUUUGAGUGCUAUUUAAGUACUUGUAAUAAGACGUGCAAUCGUGUUGUUACUGUAUUUACCUAUUUACAAGCAAACGAAACAUAUAUAUAUAUAUAGCUGAAAAAGUUGAUCCCAGCAGACGAAGUGUCAUACAAGAUCUGAAGUUCUGGUGUCGCAGGAAUGACAACGAUGAGGUUGAAACGAGCAGUCUAGUGUUUACGGCCACAAUACGAUGUAUUUUCAUGCUGACGUUAAUGAGAGUGAAUAUCGGUACUGGUGUAGGAUAAAAAACAAAAGAAAGCGUUACUUGAAAAAUAAAGGGCAAUCAAUAUUUGAAACAUGGGUUUCGACUUGACCAGAUUCCAGGGUACUGUUGACGAAGAGCUUAUCUGUCCUAUUUGCUCUGGUGUCUUGCAGGAUCCAGUUCAGGCCGCUGGUUGUGAACACGCUUUCUGCAAAAUAUGUAUGAACGAAUGGAUUAGCCGCCAACCUACUUGUCCAUUAGAUAGAACACCAAUUACACCAGCUCAAUUAGUACCUGCACCAAGGAUUUUGAGAAACUUAUUAUCCAGACUACGUAUCAAAUGUGACAACUUUGUUGAUGGAUGUCAGCAGGACAUUAAAUUAGAUGCUCUCAUGGCACAUCUUGAAGAGUGUGAGUAUAAUCCUAAGAGGCCCGUCACCUGUGAACAAGGUUGUAGUUUGAUAAUUCCUAAAGAUGAGAUGAAAAAUCACAAUUGCGUGAGGGAGCUUAGAAACUUGGUGCAAUCGCAGCAUCAGAAAUUGAUAGACUUGAGAAGGGAGAUGAGCGAACAUCAAUUUCAACUAAACGAACAGAAGAGAGAAAUAAAUUUGUUGAAAGAUUUUAUGAGAGCAAUGAGAGUAUCUAAUCCAAUGAUGCGAGACAUUGCUGAUCAAAUGGAACGUGACGAUUUGGUCAGGUGGUCUGCCACUUUACCAAGAGCUAAAGUUACUAGAUGGGGUGGAAUGAUUUCUACUCCUGAUGACACUUUACAGACAAUGAUCAAAAGGACUUUAUCAGAGUACAAUUGUCCUCCACACGUGAUAAAUGACCUAAUGGAGAAUUGCCAUGAGCGAAAAUGGCCGACUGGCUUGAACUCCCUCGAAACUAGGCAAAGUUCAAGACGCCAGUAUGAAAAUUACGUGUGCAAAAGAGUGCCGGGUAAACAGGCUGUUAUUGUUUUGCAUUGUGACAACCAGCACAUGCCCGAGGAUAUGACUAUUGAACCAGGACUUGUCAUGAUAUUUGCGCAUGGCGUGGAGUAAUUUUCGAGAGUUAUAUGAAAAAAACUAUUUUUUAUUAAAAANAAAA